GCGGCGUCUUCGGCUGGCGGCGCGCGCCCGCCCGGCCCCGCGGCGGCGGCGGCGGCGGCGGCGCGUCACGCUUACCCCUCCCCGCCCCGAGCCGACGAGCCGGGAGGCGGUGGCGGCUGCUGCUGCGGCGGCGGAGGUGCAGGUGUCGGCGGCCGGUGACGACGGAAGCGGCAGCCGGCGAUUUAACCCAGAGACUGACGUCGCUGUAGAACCUCCCACGGCUGUCUCAAUGGUUGGGGAAAGGUAGUGGCACCAGGCGAGGGAGAGCGGCCGACACGCCGAGGACGAUGAGCAUGCUGAGGCCCAGCGGGCUCAAGGUCCCCGCCAAGAUCCUCAGGCCCGGGGGCGCGGCCCUGAAGGCGCCCGCCGCAGUCGCAGCUCCAGUAGAAAAAACAGUAUCCAGUGAAAAAGCAUCCAGUGCUCCUCCCGCUGAGACACAGGAGGAAUUUGUGGACGACUUCCGAGUUGGGGAGCGAGUCUGGGUGAAUGGAAACAAGCCUGGGUUUAUCCAGUUCCUGGGAGAGACGCAGUUUGCCCCGGGCCAGUGGGCCGGGAUCGUCUUAGAUGAACCCAUCGGCAAGAAUGACGGCUCGGUGGCCGGCGUCCGGUAUUUCCAGUGCGAGCCUUUAAAGGGCAUUUUCACGCGACCUUCAAAGUUGACGAGGAAGGUGCAGACCGAAGAUGAAGCAAAUGGCCUGCAGGCGACUCAUGCCGCCAGAGCGACUUCGCCUCUGUCUGCUUCUGCGGCCGGCACCACGGCCCCUUCCCCGGCCACCCCCUCGAAUAUCCCUCCGAAACCGUCCCCGCCAGCGGCGAAGGAGCCCUCGGCCACACCGCCGAUCAGCAACCUUACGAGAACCGCCAGCGAGUCUACCUCGAACCUCUCGGAGGCCGGCUCAGUCAAGAAAGGGGAGAGGGAGCUCAAGAUCGGGGACAGGGUGUUGGUUGGCGGCACGAAGGCCGGUGUGGUCCGGUUUCUUGGGGAGACGGACUUUGCCAAGGGGGAAUGGUGUGGUGUGGAGUUAGACGAGCCGCUCGGCAAGAAUGACGGGGCUGUCGCUGGGACGAGGUAUUUUCAGUGUCAACCCAAGUAUGGCCUGUUUGCUCCCGUCCACAAAGUGACCAAGAUCGGCUUCCCGUCCACCACGCCAGCCAAAGCCAAGGCAGCUGCCGUGAGGCGAGUGAUGGCGACCACCCCCGCCAGCCUGAAGCGCAGCCCGUCCGCAUCCUCGCUCAGCUCCGUGAGCUCGGUGGCCUCCUCCGUGAGCAGCAAGCCCAGCCGCACGGGACUGUUGACUGAAACCUCCUCCCGUUACGCCAGGAAGAUCUCCGGCACCACUGCCCUCCAGGAGGCCCUGAAGGAGAAGCAGCAGCACAUUGAGCAGCUGCUGGCCGAACGGGAUCUGGAGAGGGCGGAGGUGGCCAAGGCCACGAGCCACGUGGGGGAGAUAGAGCAGGAGCUAGCGCUGGCCCGGGACGGACACGACCAGCAUGUCCUGGAGCUGGAGGCCAAGAUGGACCAGCUGCGAGCCAUGGUGGAGGCCGCUGACCGGGAGAAGGUGGAGCUUCUCAACCAGCUCGAGGAGGAGAAAAGGAAGGUUGAGGACCUUCAGUUCCGGGUCGAGGAGGAGUCCAUCACUAAAGGCGACCUUGAGGUGGCCACAGUGUCAGAAAAGUCUCGUAUAAUGGAGCUAGAAAAAGACCUAGCAUUGAGAGUGCAGGAAGUAGCUGAGCUGCGAAGAAGGCUAGAGUCCAGUAAGCCUGCUGGGGACGUUGACAUGUCACUGUCCCUUUUGCAAGAGAUAAGCUCUUUGCAAGAAAAAUUAGAAGCCACCCACACCGACCACCAAAGAGAAAUCACCUCUCUGAAGGAGCAGUUUGGAGCCCGGGAUGAAGCCCAUCAGAAGGAGGUGAAGUCCCUCCAGGCCGCCACAGAGAAGCUUUCCAAAGAGAACGAGUCGUUGAGAAGCAAGCUGGAGCACGCCAACAAGGAGAACGCGGACGUGAUCGCCCUGUGGAAGUCCAAGCUGGAGACUGCCAUUGCGUCCCACCAGCAGGCGAUGGAGGAGCUGAAGGCAACCUUCAGCAAGGGCGUUGGCGUGGAGACGGCAGAGCUUGCUGAGUUAAAAACCCAGAUAGAGAAGGUGAGACUAGAUUACCAGCACGAAAUAGAAAGUCUGCAGAAUAAACAAGACUCCGAACGGUCUGCUCACGCCAAAGAGAUGGAAGCCGUCAAGGCCAAGCUGAUGAAGGUCAUUAAAGAGAAAGAGAACAGCCUAGAAGCUGUCAAGUCGAAACUGGACAAAGCUGAAGAGCAGCAUCUAGUAGAAAUGGAAGACACCUUGAACAAACUGCAGGAGGCUGAGAUAAAGGUAAAGGAGCUAGAGGCGCUGCAGGCCAAAUGCAGUGAACAGACCAAGGUCAUUGAUAAUUUUACAUCCCAGCUCAAGGCUGCUGAGGAAAAGCUCUUGGACCUCGAUGUGCUUCAGAGAGCCAGGUCCGAAGGUAAAUCGGAAAUCGAGAAGCUUAGACAGCAGCUUGAGGCAGCGGAGGGACAGAUUAAAAGUUUAGAGGUUGAAAAGAAGGCUGAGAGUGGCAAGGCCAAUAGCAUCACCAAAGAGCUGCAGGGGAAAGAGCUAACCCUUAGUAAACUUCAGGGACACUUGGGUGAAGUCAGUCAAGAGAAAGAGGCUCUGGAGAGAGAACUUCAGACUUUGAGAGAAAAGUUUGCUGAUGCUUCAGAGGAGGCGGUCUCUGUUCAGAGAAGUAUGCAAGAAACUGUAAAUAAGUUACACCAAAAAGAGGAGCAGUUUAAUACGCUGUCUUCUGAACUGGAGAAGCUGAGAGAAAAUUUAACAGACAUGGAGGCAAAAUUUAGAGAGAGAGAUGAAAGAGAAGAGCAGCUGAUAAAGGCGAAAGGAAAGCUGGAAAACGACAUUGCAGAAAUAAUGAAAAUGUCAGGAGAUAAUUCUUCUCAGUUGACAAAAAUGAAUGAUGAGCUGCGUCUGAAGGAAAGAAACAUAGAAGAACUGCAGCGAAAGCUCAGCCAGGCUCACGAAAACGCGAGCCUGCUGCAGAGGCGCAUGGGAGAGGCGGCCCUGAGUGCGGCGCAGGGCCAGCAGGAGGCGGCACGGAGGCACGAGGAGGAAAAGCAGGGGCUGCUGACGCAGCUGCGGGACCUGGAAAAGAAGAUGGAAGUGAGCCACAACCAGUGCCAGGACCUGAAAGCCAGGUACGAGGAGGCCAGCGCCGCGGCUAAGGCAAAGCACGAGGAGGCGGUGCAGAAGCUACAGAAGGCGCUGUCGGACACAGAGGAGAGGCUGAAGGCAGCGCAGGAGCAGCACAGGGACUUGUUGCAGGAAACGGCGGAACUGAAAAAGCAGGCGGACAAAGCCAGAUCGCUAACUUAUUUGUUAACAUCAGCCAGAAAAGAAAUUGAGCUCAUGUCAGAAGAGCUGAGGGGUCUGAAAUCAGAGAAGCAGCUUCUCGCGCAGGAGGGAAAUGCUUUAAAGUUAGAGAAAGGUUCGCUUUUAUCAAAACUUGUCGAGGUGGAGGCCAAAGUAACUUUACUGCAGGAAGACCAACAGAAACUGUGGUCAAUCAAUGAAGCGCUUAACCUAGAAAAGGAGAAAGUCUUAGUAGAAAAGCAAGAUGCUGAAAGGCUGUAUCAGCAGGAACAGCUCUGUAGUGAAGCGCUGGCUUCUGAGAGAGAGAAGCUGCUUAAAGAGGUCACCGUUGUGCAGGAGGAGCUCUUGAAGAUAAAUACAGAAAAUGACUCUUUGCAGGCUUCCAAAGCGACUUUGCAGGCUCUCGUCGAAGAACUCCAGUUCAGCAAAGACAAUCUGAUUGCUGAGUGUAAGAAGAAUUGGGAAGAAAAAGACCUCCUGGAGAAUCAUGUGAAGAAGCUUGUUACCGAGCACCUUGUCUUGGCUCAAGAUAAAGAUGAAAUGAUUCAGAAGCUUCAGAGCUCCUACGAGGAGCUGGCCAAAGAUCAGAAGAGCCUGGUGCAGGAGAUCAAAGAUCUCACCGCCGAGAAACAGUCAGUCUUGGAGAAACAGGCCGGCCUUGAAAACAUGUGCCUAGCCUUAAAGGUAGAAAGAGACGCUCUUCUUCAGAACAGCAAAGACCUGCAGCUCGAGAAGGACACACUGCGCCAAGAGCAGGAGAAGCUGAACGUCAGCCUGGCGGCUGCCCUGCAGCUCAAGCAGCUGCUCAGCACCGAGGCCAGCGGGCUCCGCACGCAGCUGGACGACACCAGCAAAGCCCUGCGGAAGGCCGAGCUGGAGACCUUGCAGCUUCAGGCCACCAAGGGCAGCCUCACGAAGCUCCUGGAAGAAAUUCAGGCCAGCCGGGCGGUGACGGACACCGAGUGCAUCCAGCUCCUGCACGAGAAGGAGACCUUGGCCUCAUUGGAGAGAAGGCUCAUGGCUGAAAACGAGGAUCUUCUGCGGGAAAACAGGCUCCUCACCGAAAAGCUCAGUAAGUGCUCAGACGAGGCUGCCCGCACUGAGAUGAGCCUGAACGAGCAGCUCGCUUAUGUGACUUCUGAGAAGGACGUGGUUUGCCAGAAAAUCUCUAAGAUCAAAAGGCAGCUUGACGGCGUCUUGAAAGAAAAAUCUGUGCUGGAAAUGCAAAAUGGGGAUUUGCUUGCAGAAAGAGAAAAUUCCAUCAAUGCCAUAGGAGAGCUUAAGCGGAAAUAUGAUGAGGAGUCUGCAAACCGGAGGAUUGUUGUGCAAGAGAAGAUGAAACUACUUGGUAACCUCGAUGCCCUGAAGAAGGAGCUCCAAGAGAGAAAAAAAGAAAACCAAGAACUGGCAGCUGCCAAGUGCGAGCUCUCUUUGAUGCUGAAAGAGGCUCAAAACGCCAAACAGCAUCUAGAAAAAGAGCACACGAACAUACAGCAAGCCAAGGAGAGCUUGAAUGCAGAACUUGAGACUUGCUGGUCCGAAAAGGACUUGUUGCAGGAGGAAUGUCAGAAGCUGAAUGAGGAGGUGCAGACCGCGCAGCAGUCCUUGCUCCUGGAAAAAGAGGCCCGGGCCAAGGACGGCGAGUCCUGCCUGCAGGAGAGCGGCAAGCUCCGCGGGCGGGUGGCGCGCCUGCAGCAGGAGCUGGAGGAGGCGCGAGCGUGCACCGAGGCGCUGCAGUCUGAGAACUGUGCGCUGGUCCAAGAGAAGACCCAGUCGGAGCAACACGUGGUGCAGAUACUGAAGGAGAAGGAGCUGCUGGCCGCGGAGACUGCGCGCCUCGCCGCCAACAUAGAGGCCCUGAAGAGUGACUUCACCUCCUUGUCCAAGUCCAAGUCCGAGCUGCAGGAGCUGCACAGCUGCCUCACCACCAUCCUGGAUGGCCUCCGGCUGGACCACGAGGUGACCCUGGCCGACCGGGCCAAGGUGCUGCAGGACAACAAGAGCCUGCUGGCGGAGAAGAGAGAGCUGACGCUGAAAAGGGACGAGCUCCUGAAGGAGAAGGACAAGCUGGCUGAGAGCUACUUUGUCCUUCAGAAAGAGGUCAGCCAGCUGGCCAAAACCAACAGCCACAUUUCGGCCAACCUCCUAGAGUCCCAAAACGAAAACCAUAUUUUGAGGAAAGACAAGAGCAAGCUCACUCUUAAAAUUAGAGAGCUCGAGACGCUUCACUCGCUGACGGCUGCGCAGACCGCCGACGAUGCCAUGCAGAUAAUGGAGCAGAUGACCAAAGAGAAAACCGCAACGCUGGCCUCCUUGGAGGACACCAAGCAAACCAAUGAAAAACUGCAGAAUGAAUUGGAUACACUUAAAGAAAACAACUUGAAAAACGUGGAGGAGCUGAACAAAUCAAAAGAACUUCUGACUGUAGAGAAUCAAAAAAUGGAAGAAUUCAGGAAAGAAAUAGAAACCCUGAAGCAGGCAGCGGCGCAGAAGUCCCAGCAGCUCUCAGCCCUGAAGGAGGAGAACGUGAAACUUGCCGAGGAGCUGGGGAGAAGAAGGGACGAAGUCACAACUCACCAGAAGGUGGAAGAAGAGAGAUCUGCCCUCAAUAAUCAGUUGUUAGAAAUGAAAAAGAGAGAAUCCAAGUUAAUAAAAGACACAGAUGAAGAAAAAGCUUCCUUGCAGAAAUCCAUCAGUAUCACUAGUGCCUUACUCACAGAAAAGGACGCCGAGCUGGAAAAGCUGAGGAACGAGGUGACGGUGCUCCGGGGGGAGAACGCCUCUGCCAAGUCCCUGCACUCCGUGGUCCAGUCUCUGGAGUCCGAUAAGGUGAAGCUUGAGCUCAAGGUAAAGAACUUGGAACUUCAACUCAAAGAAAACAAGAGGCAGCUCAACAGCUCUUCAGGCAACGCUGACACUCAGGCAGAAGAGGACGAAAGGGCGCAGGAGAGCCAGAUUGAUUUCCUGAAUUCAGUAAUCGUGGACCUUCAGAGGAAGAACCAAGACCUCAAGAUGAAGGUGGAGAUGAUGUCAGAAGCAGCCCUUAAUGGGAACGGUGAUGACCUAAACAAUUAUGACAGUGACGACCCGGAGAAGCAGUCCAAGAAGCCCCCUCGCCUCUUCUGUGACAUAUGCGACUGCUUUGAUCUCCACGACACCGAGGACUGUCCCACCCAGGCCCAGAUGUCUGAGGACCCCCCUCACUCCACACACCACGGCAGCCGCGGCGAGGAGCGCCCGUACUGCGACAUCUGCGAGGUGUUUGGGCACUGGGCAGCCAACUGCCACGACGACGAGACCUUCUGACGAAGCCGCGAGGCUUCCGCAGGCGUGCGGCAGCCGCACACCAGCGUGGCGAGCAGACUUCAGGAGGACGCGCGUGAUCUUUGACCCCCAUCAACAAACCCAAGAAAAUAUUUUGAUCUUCAACAAAUCGCUCUUUUAGUUUCCCCUUAUAAGUUAGGAUAAUAAAUACUAAAUACUUAGUAGGGGAGUUGUCACCUCUAACUUGCCCUCCUGACCUAUGAGUGUGAACAAAGUGUUGCGGGGGAUGGGGGGGCGUUCGCGCGCCGCCCCCAGGGAGCCUCGCAGGCCGUCCUGCCUUCCCGCACCUUGUUUAAGGGGGUUAUGCCGUUACUUCUCACCUUUGCACUAAGAUCUUUCCAGGCUGCAUUGGUAUAUUUAGAUCUUUUGGUUAAGCUUUGACACUGGAAUGAGUUGAAAAAAUGUGCCAUUUUGCAUUUUCAUCUACUCAUUUAUAGUAUUUUAUUCUUAACUGAAAAAAUACCUGAGCUCUUUGCACGACCUGCUGUCAGUGGUGCCUUUGUUUCAGGCGCGGUGACACUUGGUGUGGUCAUGAAAUCACGGAGCGGGAGGGGGAGGCCCCCCGCACCGCUGCGGGCCGUUUUAUAAUCCAUAUGCUGCACCCACUUACUCUACUGGGGCGUUUUAUUGGUUUUUGCAUAAUUUCAGCUUCUAUAUAUUAUAUGUAUAUAUUUUUAAAAAAUCUCUAUUUUGGGAAAAAGCAUACACAAUGUGUCUUUCUUUUCAGAUUUUUACUGUUAUGAAAAAGAAAACACUUAGAAUGUUCAUCAGGACACAAUGAGCUAGGCCAGAAAGAGCAUCACACAGCUUUGGAAGUAUCUUUUCUUUUGUUUUCAUUUUGUUUCUUUGUCAAAGUACAAUUUUUU